GAAUAGUAGUAUACAUUGUACAUACUUCAACAAAGCGUGAAAACCAAUUCUGAGAUAGACUAUCAAGGCAUAUAUUGGUGCAUUUACCAUGCUAAACGACAGUGCACGGUUAGUUUUCACGGAAGACACCAUCAAAUGUCCCAUCUGCCUGAGUGUGCCAACAGCACCAGUGCAGAUUGGAUGCUGUCCCGCUGUGUUUUGCAAAAUACACAUCCUCACUUGGUUAAAGACACACCAAACAUGCCCCAGUUGUCGGCGAGAGCGUCAAGAAGCAACGAUAGUAGAAAAGUCUGAGUGCACACUACGCGUGGCUAAUAUGUCCGCUAAAUGUGUGAAGUGUGGAUUAGCAGGCACCAUGAAGGAACUAACGGAUACUCAUUCGGAAGCUGUGUGUAUGGCCGCGGUGCGCUCAACGACCCCGAUGCGAUUGCUGUGUAAAUACAAGCUACUCAAUGUAGGAGAUGUGGUUGAUGUGUUCUUUUCGUACGGAGAAUGGAGCUAUUAUGUGGAAAGGUUGAACGAGACAGUAAUUAAACACAUUCCCAGCAACUAUUUGGAGGCAUGCACAGUUCCAUUAGAACGUGAGCUCACUCUGCGCGAAAUGAAUGAGUGCGUCGCUUCUUGUCCUGAGAUCGAUCCACUGUUAAAAACUUGGUUUGAGGACCGUGUAGGCUGGGUGGACAAGCUGCAUAAGCUAGUGGCUCAUAAAGACUUUCCUAGUCGCAGGCUGGUUGUGGACGGUAAAGAGCUGGAUGUCGUGGAAAUUAUCAAGAUGAACAUGUUUGUGUUUAAGACCGAUUCACAGGUAUUACAGACAUGCUUCAGCGCUGCGGCGGGCUGUCUUGACGACGGUGGGUUAAGAGCAAGUUUAACAUGCUGUAUGAGUAUGUACAUAUCGAUCAGGGAUGCCAUGCGUAAGUUUCCCAACCGAUCAGCCCUGCAGAAGGGAGCGCUGAUGUUGUUGCAAAAGAUGAGCGAUAGGAUACUUACCACCGGGCCUCACUAUCUGACUGAGUGCGAUGUGCUGGUAACUGUGGUAGAUGCAAUGCAGCGUUUCCCAUAUAUUCGUGAAAUCCAGCUACACUCGUGCUAUAUAAUGAUCAAUGCCGUUAUGGGCAGGUCAGUGUCUGCAACCAUACUGAUAGACGACAUGGAAAUCCAAGAACAUAUCCAAACCCUAUUAGAGCGGUCAUCCUUAUGGCCUGAUGUACUGUUAGGGGUAUGCACUUUGGUGUCAGACCUGUGCGAGUUGCGCAAAGAGUUUGUUGAUGCAAUGCAUAUUGCGCUCAACCCGUUCCACAUUUUGAGAGCAUCCAAGCAAUUCAGAUCUCCAAGGGAAUAUCUGGCAGGGAUUCAUGCGUUCCUGGUGCUAAGCAACACCAGUGAGGAGUUGGAAGACUGGGCUGGUGAUGAGACUCCCGAUACUUCAGUAAUCACUGCGGCUGCACUCUAUCCCGACUAUGCCGAUUUGCAAAUUGUGGCAUUUGAAGCGAUCAAAGCGCUGUGCAAUUUCAAUUCGGAAGGACUCGCAGGUUUCUCGAAGGAGGCCUUGUUGGCCCAUAUCAAAAGACUUGAGGUACAUCACCAGGACAAUGACCAACUUAUGGACCUGGUAGAUGACGUCCGAGACCUUGCAAGGGAAGCGCCGGCCUCACGCAAAAGAAAAAUCACGAAGGUGGGCAGUGAAAGUGAAUGCACCACCAGCCAUAAGCACGCUAAGUGA